AAAGCUGUAUUCGACGCCCCAUACAGUUGUUUUAUUAGGUUAUUACCAGCAAGGUUUUUAUUUUCGCUCGUGCUGUUUGAAUAUUUUCGGAUAAAAUGAUUUGUGAAAAGUAUUUCUCUAAAUUUUUUGAAUCGAUCAAGCCUCGUAGAAAAAAUAAACAACCCAACCCGAAAUCAGAUUGUUUGCCAACUAAAAUCCAACACCAUACAGCGCCUGAGAUUCAUAAAGUCAACUUUACUUGGACAAUAGACGAAUUAGAGUUUCAGAUAACGAAAAAGGAGUUCCUAAAAUCGUGCAAAUUUUCAGCCAUCACAAACGACGAAUGUAAAUGGCGUUUGCUCUGUUUGCCCUAUAAUGAAGUUUAUAGGCCUAACAGCGACGAUCUCGUGUCAAUCACUUUAUGCCUACUUUUUAUUCCGGCUCGUGCAGAUGCUAAAGCAAUCGUAAAAAGUGAUAUUUGUUUUCUGAAUAGUCAACAGAAAGAAAUACUUCGUACAACAAUGCCAAUCCAUCAACAUGAUCCUGACUUUGCAUACUGGGAAUAUAUUACUGUAAAAAGAAAACAUAUUUUACCCGGCAACAAAUUAACCAUUCGAUUCAACUUGACAUACACAAAUAUUGAAAGCUCUGAUUCUAAUGAAAACAAUACACCAACAUCGACAGCAACAGUAUCUGCACCACCACUUCAACUCCAAAUUCCCAAAAGCGAACAUUUAGAAAAGUUCGCCAAACUGUACAGAAAGGACGAAUUUAAGGACGUGUUAAUUUCAGUCAACGUGCCGGCUGCGUUUUUCACAACGUUCCAAGAAAAUACGGUAAAUAACGAGACAGAAACUAUUAGCGAAGGAGAUGAAGCUGCUCCAUGUCUCGUAUCGGAUAUUCUUUAUAACCACGGACAACAGAUAGAAAGACAAAACGAAUGCGAUUACUGUUUAUGUGUGGACGGCGAUAUGUUCUGUUACUGGCAAUGCGCCACCAAACAACCACCCAGUACCAAUUCGCAAUCCACCUCUGAUACCACCACCGCCGUACAAGUCGCCGACGUGGAAAAUUUCACUUCCGCCCAGCUUGACAAACUCACACAAAACAAUACCGCAGUAACGACGGAGCCAGAAAUAUCAUCGUCAAAAGAUGGAUCAAACGUAACAGGCACUGCCCAAAAUAAUUCGACGACGAAACCUAAUAAUCAAACUUGUAUCGUAACAGGUACCGAGUACUCAGAAGGGGACAUCCUACCACAAGAAGAAGGCUCCUGUCUGCAAUGUGUUUGCGGUGCCGACGGUCGAGUAACGUGCUCUCCUCAGGACUGCGUUAGCCUUCAACAAGACGCUUUCAGGCACGGAUUGGAUUCCAACUCGCUGGAUAUGUUCGACGUAGAUGUGUUUUAAGCAGAAAUUCUCAACCAUUCAUACAAUACUAUAAAUAACUUUCUCGUUUUUACUUGAUUUUUUACCUGUAUAAAAAGCGGAUUGUUAAUGUUUCGGUUUGGCUUAGUAUAAAAAAUUAUUAUCUAUGUACCUAAAUGCAGUUCAUCAAAUCAAAGUGAUCUGCAACACGUCAUCGAGAAUAAAGAUUUGGCCGAGAAAAAAAGAAAACCAUUCACGCGACAUCUGAAAAAAAAAUCAUAUCCUUGUACUUCCUUUUCCCUUUUCCUCCUUUAGACUGUAACAAAGUCACUUUGGUUUUUUUAUAAAUACAUAAUAUACCUACGCACAAAAAUACAUAGACAAAAGUUCUCGUGACUUUUUUCCACAAUACCUACCUUACACUUGGACCUAUAGACACAUAGACUGAGGUAUGCUCAAACACCAUGAAAUACCUUUCUAUUUUGAAUUUUGAAUCGCUUUAUCUUCCAAUUUUAAACGAUUUUUUCGUUUCAAUUUCAUUCAUAUCGAAAUCAUAUCCGACAGUUUUUAAUAAUUCUAUCAUCGAUGUUCAAUACUUACCUUACCUAUCAUAUUGGCAAACGACAAAUCUUUCAUCAUACAUAUGUUUUGUUUUACUUUAUAAUUUUAUUUAAUCGCAUUUAAAUUUGAAUUAUUUUUCUAUAUUAAUGCGUAAGUGUAUUAUUUUAUUUUUCAUGUUCAAUAUGUUCAUUCAUUUAUGUACCUAUUCUUUACGUACAAUAAUGAUUUCAUUUCUUUUGGAAGAGUUUGUCAAAGCCUAUCGAGUUGAUUUCUCCCUUUUAAUUUUUUUCUUUCGAAAUGUGAUAUAAGUUAUAAUAAAAUGAAACUAAUUAAACAUAUUAUUUGUGUACCAAUUAGCGUGUAAUUUUUACAUAUCGCUGUGAUAUGUAUACCUUACAUAAUUUAUCACAGUUUUAGGCCGAGAAAAAAAAAGAAGAAUAUAUCUAGUCAGCUUCAGAUGAUUUUUUUGUUUUUUUCGAUUUACUUAUUACGAAAUUAUCUACGUACGAGUAUUAUUUCAUUUUGUAUUACUUGAUUACCCACAAUACUACAUAAAUAAUUCAUGAGUAUUUUUUUUUCUUUUUUUCCUAUUAUACACAAAGAUGUAAAUAUUAAGUUAUUCAAUUUACUGAUACGAGUACCCAUUUUCUUUGAUUAGAGUAGUUUGUAUAAGGGGUAAGUUUAAUAAAUUAGCGUUUUUGUUAUAGAUUCAUGUAAAACUGGUAGGUUUUAAAUUAAUAAAUAAUUUACGCAGUUGAA